UUUCCAGCUGGAACCAUGAAGUGUGCAGAAGAGAAAAAAAAAAGGUUCCUACUGUGCCUGAAACCCUUAAGACAAAGCAAAAGAAUUUCACAGAGCUUAAGAUCAAGCACCUGAGAAAGAAGUUUGCCCAAGAGAUGCUUCGAAAGGCAAGGAGGAAGCUUAUCUAUGAAAAAGCUAAGCAUUACCACAAGGAAUACAUACAGAUGUACAGAAUUGAAAUUCGAAUGGCUAGGAUGGAACAAAAAGCUGGCAACUUCUAUGUACCCGCAGAACCCAUAUUGGCAUUUGUCAUCAGGAUCAGAGGUGUCAACGACGUGAGCCCAAAUGUUCGAAAGGUGCUACAGCUCCUUUGCCUCUGGCAGAUCUUCAAUGGCACCUUUGUGAAGCUCAACAAGGCUUCAGUUAACAUGCUGAGAAUUGUGGAGUCAUACAUUGCAUGGGGGUACCCAAAUCUGAAGUCCGUAAAUGAAUUGAAAUACAAACAUGGUUAUGGAAAAAUCAGCAAGAAGCAAAUUGCCCUGACAGGUAACGUGUUGAUUGCUCGAUCUCAUGGGAAAUAUGGCAUCUUCUGCAUGGAGGAUUUGAUUCAUGAGAUCUAUACCAUUAGAAAACAUUUCAAAGAAGCAAACGAUUUCCUGUGGCCCUUUAAAUUGUCUUCUCCACGAGGUGGAAUGAAGAAUAAGACCAGUCAUUUUGUAGAAGGUGGAGAUGCUGGCAACAGGGAAGACCAGAUCAACAGGCUUAUUGGAAGGAUGAAUUAAGGUAUCUACCAGGAUUAUUUUUUAUAAUCUCCUCAGUUAAUAAACAAUUGAAACAAAUUAAAAAAACAAAACAAAACCUUUGAGAUAGAUGUUGUCAUUAUCCACAUUUCAUAGAUGGGGAGAUUGAGGCAGAGAAACUGAGUUUGCCCAAAGUCACAACUGGCAGCUAAAAUCUGCCUGGAUUCAGAAUUCACACUUUUAACGUGUGUUACUGCAGUUGACCCUUGAACAAUGCUGCAGGGAGGGGCACUGACCUUGAGCAGGAGAAAAUCCAUGUAUUAUUGCAUUCAACCCUUCAUAUAAGUGAUUUUGUAUUCUCAGAUUCAAGCAUCCAAAUGUGUAGUGUUGUAGUCUGAAUAACUGGACCUGUACAGUUCAUACCCAUAUUCAAGGGUCAACUGUACUCAAAAGAGGAUUUGUGGGAGACAUAAGAGAUGUUGAUUUGAUCCCUGGAUUGGGGAGAUCCCCUGGAGGAGGAGAUGGCAACUCACUCCAGUAUUCUUGCCUGGGAAAUCCCAUGGACAGAGGAGCCUAGCAGACUCUCAGGUCACAAGAGUCAGACACGACUUAGUGACUAAACAAUAAAAACACAAAGAUCCUAUUACUAGUAAAGAAAAGAGUUAGCCUUUGCUGAAGUAAAGUACAGAAGGCUGAAUUCAGAGCAAGGUGACAAUAUCUUAUUAAUGAGCACAAGCAACAGGUUUUAUGGUAAUGGAAAGCAAAUAUAUGUAAAGAAAUAUCAGGAAUGUUGGGGAACAUAACAUGGCCUAUUUCUAAGGUAAACUUUCUCAGAUCAUCCUUCUUGUGAGCUAGUAUGACUCUAAGAACUUCAGCAUCUGCUCAUGAACACUAAAGGAUCCAAACCUACCAGUCAGACUUUAUUUUCUUGGGCUCCAAAAUCACUGCAGAUGGUGACUGCAGCUGUGAAAUUGAAAGAUGCUUGCUCCUUGGAAGAAAAGCUAUGAUAAACCUCUGCUGUAUUAAAAA